AUGUUAUUCAACCUCGCAGACACUCACUCCGAUAUCCAGUUCACUUUGCGCAACCCCAAAACCCCUGGAUCUGGCUCCAUCAUUAAGAUUUCUCUGAUCCAGCCGAAACAAACCCGACUACUGGAUGCAUCCUGGACUGUUUGCAAUCAAACGCUUAUCGAUUAUGAUGCUUUGGGAACAACCCCCGAUAUUGCCCGCCUAGCUCAAUCGGAUAGAGCGUCAGACUCUUAUGCGGGCAUCUGA